GAAUGCAUUCUUUCCUCUGGCUCCCUUCAGGUAUUAUUUCGCCUCAAUUUCUUGGUCGUGGUACUGUGCAUAGUGAUGGACCGACCAUACCAGUUCUACUACUUUGUGCCUCUCGUUACUGUCUGGUUUAUGAUCAUUUAUGCCACCUUGGCUAUGUGGCCUCAGAUAGUCCAGAAGAAAGCAAAUGGGAACUGCUUAUGGCACUUUGGUUUACUUCUUAAACUGAUUUGCUUACUGGCCUGUAUAUAUUUUCUGUCAUAUUCUCAGGGUGCAUUUGAGAAGGUAUUUUCUUUUUGGCCUCUGUCCAAGUGUUUUGAACUGAAUGGGAAUGUCUAUGAAUGGUGGUUUAGGUGGAAGUUGGAUCGUUACGUGGUUUUUCAUGGGAUGCUGUUUGCUUUUAUUUAUCUGGCAUUGCAGAAGCAUCAGAUGAUUUCAGAAGGAAAGGGAGAUCCGCUUUUCUCCAGCAGAGUUUCAAAUGUUUUAUUAUUUAUUUCAAUUGUAUCCUUUUUGACCUAUUCCAUUUGGGCUAGUAGCUGUAAGAACAAAGCGGAGUGCAAUGAACUGCAUCCUUCUGUUUCAGUGGUGCAGGUAAUGAUGUUCCUUUUUCCUACAAUAAUAAAUCCAGACUGGCAAUCUGCAGGCUGUUUUUAAUUAUAAACUGUUCAUAAAAAACUGUUUAUGUUAAAUGUGUGAAUAUGUAUAUAUGAUACACCUGUGGUUUGGGUAAAGUGAAUAAAGUUGUAUGUGUGUGUGUGUAACCUACUUGUC